GCGGGCGCCUGUUGAGCGUCUUUACUUUCAAACUUAGUUUAUAACUUUAAUUAACUGAAUUCCUGUGAGAAAUGUGACUACGAAUAGUUUGUUUCGUAUUUAUUUAGUGUGGUGACCGUAUUUAGUGUAGAAACACGAAUUUGUUGGGCGAUUCGUAUUUAAAUAAUGGAGUAAACUUAAACUGGAUUUCGUCUGAUUUAAUGCUCCGGUCAGAAUGUCGGCUGGCUCGGUGCGGUCCGCGCGCAGCUCCCCCGCGCCGGACGCCUGUCCCGACUGCGACGCCGGCGCCUCAGUCACAGACCUGCACAAGUACCAAGUAGCGUGUAACUGCAAGCCGGCGUCCGUCCAGUAUGCGUGCGCAGACGACCCCGGCCCGCCGCCGCCGGCCAAGACCGACACUCCGCCGGCGCUGCCGCCGCGACCGCCAACCAGCGUGCUGGCUACUAACAGGCGGAACAAUGCGUCAGUGGGCUGCAACAGCGAGCCGAUGUGUCGUCGCCGCAAGUACGCGUGGUGGUGCUGCGGGUGCGGCGCGCUGGCGGCCGCGCUCGGCGGGCUGCUGGCAGCACAGCACAUAUUGCUGCGAGCGUACACCGCAUCGCCGCAGCACCUUGAGACCGUGCCGGCCGCGGUACCCGCUGCUAUGCUGGUGCUGACCGGCGUAUGUAUAAUGAGCCUCGCCCGCCGAAGAAACCGGUACAGCUAUAUGGUAAGAAAAAUAAAAGUAGUGGGAGCUUGUUGCUUGGUCUGCGCACUAACUUGUGUGCUGGUGACCAUCACAACCACAGUAAUACACAUGAACAAAUUACAAACGCUGAAGUUCUGCGAGUACACGAAGCUGACGCGGACGUGCACGUGCUACUCCAUGCCGCCCGACACGCAGCACGCCGCUGAUGAUGAAGGUGUCCGAUGCGUGUUCGAGGGCGUAUCAGAGUGCGGCGUAGUCCACGGCGCGUUGUACUGGUGCCUGCGCGGCGUCUUCGCGCUCUCAGUCUGUGCUGUCCUCGUGUGCAUAUGCAGCUGCAUGCUCGCUUAUCAGCUGCUCAGCCACGAGCGCAAGAAGAUGUACUGGGAGCAGCUGGAGCUGCGGUGCCGGUCGCUGUACCGCGCGCCCUCCGCGCAGCCCGUCGGCACCGCGCCCAGACCGACACAGCCGAACUGCAGCUGCUGCGCUCAGUGUCACCCGGCACAGCCCGCGUGGGACUUCAGCCUGCAACACAGAUUCUGGGCUCCAGGUCGAAUAGGAAACCUAUACUCGCCGAAUCCAGGAACCGGCAGGAAAACCUCACCGUGGAGCUGGUUCCCAUGGCCCAGGGGAAAUAGUCAGAAUUCCCGAUGUCGGAUGAACGGCGUGCCCCAAUCCGGGGACAGCGCGUAUGGUUUCUGCGAAAACGACACUCCGAACCCGACCCAGCCCUACGACGAGCGCACCUACCCCGCCAACUUUCAAUUUCCAAGGCAGAACCCCAACUUCCAACCGGCCAACUUCCAGCCAGCCAACUUCCAACCGGCAAACUUCCCUCCCAACCUCCAGAGCUCCGGGAACUUUCAAGGCCAGUUCCCUCAGAGUGCCAGCUUCGCUAGUUCCUCUCAAUUCAGUCAAGCUGGCUAUCAGGAGGGUUUCGGAGAGGCUAGUGGGAGUUUUGAUGCGCAAACUGGCGUUUGGGGACCACCACCACCGUACAGUCCCCAAGGAAGAAAUGGCAGUCGGCACCACUUGCACCAGGACCCUGCAGCCGCCACUCUUCUCCACCACCACCACAUCGAUGUCCACCGCACGCACGACCACCAGCCCCUCCCCCAAACCCACGCACAAUCCCACGCGUGCAGAAACUCCUACCAUCCCAACCCACAGAACAUAGAACAUGCAGAAAUAGGAAUGAAUCCGGAAACGGCUCGGCUGAAUCCAGAGUUGGCGCGGUUGAAUCCGGAGUUAGCAAGGUUGAAUCCCGACUUGGCGCGGUUGAAUCCAGAGUUGGCGCGGUUGAAUCCGGAAUUGGCGCGGUUAAAUCCAGAUUUGGCGAGGAUAAAUCCUGAAUUGGCUCGAUUGAAUCCGGAGAUAGCGAGGAUAAAUCCAGAACUAGCGCGGUUGAACCCUGAUUUGGUGCGAUUAAAUCCAGAAUUGGCGCGGUUGAAUCCGGAGUUGGCGCGGUUGAAUCCAGAAAUUGCAAGGUUGAAUCCGGAGCUAGCACUAAUGAGUCCGGAGCUGGCGAGGCUGAAUACGGAGAUGGGUCAUCUUCAGAUGUACCCUGAUGAGGCGCAUCUGGCACAAGAGCGGUUCAAUACCUUACGAGGACAUUUAGUGCCGUACCGCGGUUGUGCUCGCCCGCAGCGCGACAGUAGAGACGUCACUAUAGAGUGCGUGCAUCAGAAAUCUGCUAGCAAAGUUUCAGAUCAAAGCAGUGAGUGUUGCCAGAAGCAGGGAAAAGAGAAUCUGGGAUUCCAGAACGAUAAACAUUCUCCUAUCAGGUCUUCGAUGCACGAUUGUCACCGCAACCAUAACGCUGAAUCAGAAGUGUAUUUCGCCGACGUGUCCAGCUGUUGCAACGUGAGUGUUAAGGCCGACUGCUGCAUGAAUCCUAACGUAUCAGCUCUAGUUGGUACCAUCGAGAAUCACCCAGAGUCCACAUCGGAGUCCGACACCGGUUCCUUCACUCUGACGAGACAGCAGAGGCCCCAGCCGCAAGUCAGCUCCAAGAGGAGGCCAAGACAGACAGACAAACACGUGAAAACUGUUGAAAAGAUGCGCCAAGACAUAAAUAGCUCCAUCAGAUUGACCGAGCAACAGAUAGACCAGCUGAACAGUUCAAUGCGAGAGAGACUCAACGAGUCCAGAAUCAGCGAAAGAAUGAACGAUUCCAGGGACCGUUUGAACGGUUCCAGGGACCGGUUGAAUGAUCCAAGAGACCGGUUGAAUGAAUCACGUGAUCGCAUAAAUGAGGUCAGGAUGAACGAACGAGAACGACUCAACGAAUCCAUUGUUGAGCGUAUGAAUGAUUCGAGAGAUCGCUUGAACGAUUCUCGGAUAGAACGAAUCAGCGAAAGAAGUUUGAACGAUUCUAGAAUAGAACGCCUUAACGAUUCUCGAAUUGAGCGGGAUAGAAUUAGUGACUCUAGAUCAGAACGCGAUAGAAAUAAUGAUUCUAGAAAUGACAGGGAACGGUUGAACGAUUCCAGAUUAGAACGAGAGCGUCUGAAUGAUUCUAGAAUCGAAAGAGAUCGUUUGAACGACUCCAGAAUCGAAAGAGAUCGUAUGAAUGAUUCCAGAAUUGAAAAAGAUCGUUUGAACGAUUCCAGAAUUGAAAGAGAUCGUUUGAACGAUUCUAGAAUUGAAAGGGAUCGUUUGAACGAUUCUAGAAUCGAACGCGAACGUUUAAACGAUUCUAGAAGUGAUCGUGAUUCUAGACUCGAUCGUUCCGAGCGUUUCGAAGAUAGGCGUAUGUCGGAUCUAAACUCGAGUAUACGGGUUGAGGGCAGUCCGAAGUUGCGCAGUCCUCUCCGCAUACCCAAGUCCAGUCCGAAGAAUCUUCCUAAGGAGCAUCCGAGGCAGUCCAGUUCGGAUUCAGGUAAGCCGGAGUUCUUUGUUCCGCCACCGCCAAUUUCACCUCUAUCUCCUAACACCGAGGAGUCGUUGUUGUCUGACGAGGACGGGCGGCCGGAAGCUAAGUGCCUGGGUCCCGAUUCUCAGUACGAGGGCCCGCGAGAGGUGAUAAAGGGCCAUCAUCAUUGUUAUAGUGACACUAACACUAUGGACUCUGGCUGGCAGAGCGGAUCGGAGAGACACGUUACUGACUAGUGGACUAUUUACUAAAAUUGGGAUAGUAUUUACUGACUUUAUACUUUGUAGUUCCUUUAUACAACAUAUGUGUAGCCAUGAAUCACGAUAUUGUUGAAUGGAACGAAUAAUGUUAAAUGAAUUAUACAACGUGUAUCUCUUGCGGAAAAUGAUUAUGUUUGCGAUGCUAUAAUGUUUUAAAUUUUUUUCAUUAAAAUAUUAUAGCAUUGCAAACAUACGUUACCUGAGUUUAAUUAAAAACAUAAUGAACUUGCUACAAUCAUACAGUUUUCUGAUCCAUUAACAAAAAAAAAAUAACAAAAACAGCUAAGGCGCU